AAACAAAGCUCUACAAAACACAUAAAAAUGGCAGAAAACAGCAAAAAAUUGCAUAUUGCAGUAUUUCCAUGGCUAGCUUUUGGCCAUAUGAUUCCGUAUUUGGAGCUAUCAAAGCUCAUAGCUCAAAAGGGUCACAAAAUUUCCUUUAUUUCUACUCCAAGAAACAUUGACCGUCUCCCAAAACUUCCGCCAAGUCUCGUCCCCUUCAUAAAUUUCGUCAAAAUUCCCCUUCCCCACGUUGAAAAAUUACCAAAAAAUGCAGAAGCCACUAUUGAUUUACCUUAUGAGCAAGUCAAGUACCUCAAACUUGCUCAAGAUGAACUCAAAGAACCCAUGGCUAAGUUUCUCGAAGAUUCAGCUCCUGAUUUCAUACUCUUUGAUUUUACCUCUUAUUGGGUUCCUUCAAUUGCUUCAAAAUUCAACAUUCCGACAGGUUAUUUCAGCAUAUUCAUCGCCGCAUAUCUAGGUUUCACCGGACCUGUGCCGGGAUUGAACAACAACUAUAAAAUUCGGAUGACGAUGGAGGAAUUGACAGUUUCCCCAAAAUGGGUUCCGUUUGAAACCGCGGUUGCUUUCAAGGAGUUUGAACUUUUGAGAAUCUAUGAAAGUUGCAAGGACGGUGAGGAAGAGAACAUUUAUGAUAUUUCUCGUAUGUAUAAGACUUUUGAAAAUUGUGAUUUUUUGCUUGUGAGGAGUUGUUUAGAAUUUGAACCAGAAUGGCUGAAAGUAGUAGAGGAUAUUCACCAGAAACCGGUGAUCCCGGUGGGCCAACUUCCGACGACAUCAUAUGAAGAUGACGACACAAAUAUUGACGCAUGGAGAGAAAUAAAGCUAUGGCUUGAUAGGCAAGAAAAAGGGAAAGUGAUUUAUGUGGCAUUUGGGAGCGAGACAAAACUAAAUCAAAAUGAACUCACUGAGUUAUCACUAGGCUUAGAGCUUUCUGGGUUACCCUUUUUUUGGGUUUUAAGAACUAAAAGAGGAGAAUAUGAUGAUGAAUUGAUUCAAUUACCAGAAGGUUUCGAAGAACGAACGAAGGGAAGAGGAAUAGUGUACACGAGUUGGGUGCCACAACUUAAAAUACUGAGUCAUGACUUAGUGGGUGGAUUUUUGAAUCAUGCAGGAUGGAGUUCAGUAGUUGAAGCAAUACAAUUCGAGAAACCAUUGAUUUUGUUGACAUUUUUGGCUGAUCAAGGGAUAGAUGCUAGACUCUUGGAGGAAAAGAAGAUAGCGUAUUUGAUACCGAGAAAUGAUUGGGACGGAUCAUUCACUCGUGAUGCAGUGGUUGAGUCAUUGAGUUUGGUACUCAUUGAAAAAAAAGGUGAAAUUUAUAGGAAAAAGAUUAAAGAGGUGAAGAAUCUUUGUUGUGACAAGAAAAGACAAGAUAGUUAUGUGGAGAAUUUGUUAAGGUUUCUUCAAAAUUAUGAAAUGAUUAAAGCAUAA